AUGAACACCGAUGCACCGACAUCAACGGCCACGCCUGUGCGGUCUCUACUACGAAAACUCCCUCCGACCACGCGUGGCCACACAGUCGCGGUAAUCGGAGAGCUCGUCGGCACGAUCAGCUUCCUGUUCUUCGCUUUCGCAGGCACUCAGGUCGCAAACAUUUCCUCCAAUACUAACACGGGAAAUACAGUCAUCACAACCGUACAGCAGAAGAAUCCCUCACAACUCCUUUACAUCUCCCUCUCGUUCGGCUUCUCCCUCGCCGCAAAUGCCUGGGUGUUUUUCCGCAUUAGCGGCGGUUUGUUCAACCCAGCUGUCACAGUCGGCAUGGUCCUCAUUGGCGCGAUAAAUUGGGUCCGCGGCGUCCUCCUCUUCAUCACACAAAUCCUCGGUGGCAUGGCGGCUGCCGGGCUCGUCAAAGUACUUUUCCAUGGCGACUUGAACGUCAGCACAUUCCCGAGCUCCGGCACUACGAUCGCGCAGGCUGUCAUCAUCGAGAUGUUGCUCACUGCGCAGCUCGUAUUCACAAUUUUUAUGUUGGCGGCGGAGAAGCAUAGGGGAAAUUUCAUCGCGCCUGUAGGGAUUGGCAUUUCGUUGUUCGUGAGCGAGCUGGUUGGAGUCUUCUGGACUGGAGGUUCUCUGAAUCCCGCCCGCUCUUUCGGUCCUGCUGUUGUAAUCCACAAAUUUCGCGGCACUCAAUGGAUCUAUUGGGUGGGACCGCUGGCUGGCUCCAUUUUCGCUGUCCUGCUGUUCAAAUUGAUCAAGAGUCUGGAGUAUGAAACUGCGAAUCCAGAUCCGGAACAUGGUCCUGACGGACCAGUGUAUACCGAUGAGGUGGAACCUAAGGCGAAACAAGAAGAGAGUAAUGGAGGCGUGAAGCCGGAAAAGGAAGCGAUAUGA